GGAGUUAAACACAGUGACUUCUCUCAGCAGUAGCAUAAUAUGGGUGACACCAGAUAUUGAAGGCAAACCCCUCAAAAUGGAACUGGACACAGGAUCUGCAUUGUCUAUAAUUUCCACUACUGUCUACAUUGAGCACUUCAAGGCUACCAAGCUGAAGAACACAAAUGUGUUGCUGAAGACCUACUCAGGAGAGAGAUUGAGCCCAAUGCGGGCGUUGCAGGUCGGAGUGCGGUAUGGGGGGCAAACACAGCAGUUACAGCUGUAUGUGGUGCCUGGAACUGGCCCCCCAUUAUUUGGCAGGGAAUGGCUUUCAAAAAUAAAGCUGAACUGGUGUAACUUGAAAAUGCUCCACACGUUCCAGUCCAAAGAGAAAAGCACAUACCAAACACUGGAACACUUGCGGAAGAAAUACAACACAGUUUUCAGUGAUCAGAUGGGAACAGUAAAAGGCUUCACAGCAAAACUUGUACUGAGAGAUGACGCAACCCCGAAAUUCUGCAAAGCCAUAUCUGUUCCAUACUCCCUGAGACCAAAGGUGGAAGCGGAAAUCGAUCGCUUGCAGGAUACAGGGAUCCUGACGAAAGUGGACAGAAGCGAAUGGGCCACACCCAUAGUUCCUAUUGUGAAGAAAGACGGGUCUGUUAGAAUGUGUGGGGACUUCAACGUAACUGUGAAUUCAAUGUUGUAUGUGGACCAGUACUCCCUGCCACGUCUGGAUGACAUCUUUGCUGCACUAGCUGGUGGGAAACACUUCAGUAAAAUCGAUCUGAAACAGGCUUACCUGCAGCUACCGGUUGAAGAGAGCUCCAAACAGUACCUGACAAUAAACACACACAAAGGUCUAUACAGGUAUAACCGCCUGGUUUUUGGUAUUGCAUCGGCCCCAGCCAUUUGGCAACAAACUAUUGACCAGAUUUUACAAGGAAUCCAAGGAACCCAGUGUAUCCUGGAUGACCUGAUCAUAACAGGACACAUCGACAAAGAACACCUGGCUAACCUGGAAGAGGUCCUGAAAAGACUGAACGAGUGUGGUCUACAGGCAAACUUACAGAAGUGUGAGUUCUUCAAAGACAAGAUUGUCUUCUGUGGACAUGAAAUCGACCGCAAUGGAUUGCACAAAACACAGGACAAAAUCGAGGCAGUGUUUAUGCCCAUUCCAAAUGGCCAGAGGUGUUUUGCGUUCCUCCACCUCAGCUCAGACGAUAGAGUGUCUCAGAACAACGUUUGCGCGCUUCGGAUUGCCGCUGCAACUGAAAGAUGGAGGCUGUCGGGUCUGGAGACCAAGGCUAUGUACAUUGAGGACUCCCUGGCUGCAGGGGGUAUCCGUCCUUCUGCCUCCUCUGCCGGCUCAGGGUUCUUCUCUGUGAAGAAGGACAAAACCCUGCACCAGUGGAACAACUACUGGGGCCUGAAUGAAAUCAUAGUUAAAAAAUGUUACACGCUUCCACUCCUCACCCUUGCAUUUGAGCCUCUCCAGGAGGCUACCAUCUUCUCCAAAUUGGACCUCCGGAAAACCUACCAUCUAUUACAGAUAUGGGAUGGGGAGACCAACUGUAACAUGUCUAGUGGGAAAGACAAAUACCUGGUGAUGCCAUUCGAACUGACCAACGCUCCUGCUGUGUUCCAGGACGUGGUUAACGACAUUCUCUUUGACAUGUUGAACCAGUUUGUGAUCAUCUACCUUGAUGACAUCCUUGUUUUCUCCCGCUUGGCUCAAGAACAUGUCCUCUAUGUCUGA